GCCAUGGAUAUCCGAAGCUCUCCUUCCCGGAGGAAAAGGAAAAGCUGGAUGUGGGACACGAGUUUAUCUGUUUUAACUUUGACAUUAGUCCUGUGGCAAUCGACGGGGGUCGGGGCAGCCGACCCUGUAGAUGUUUUACGAGUGUUGCAGUUUAACGCGUUACCUGAAGGAGUAAGAAAAACCACCGGCUUCUGUCCCAAGAGGAAAUCCACGUCCAGUCCAGAUGUGGCCUACCGGAUAUCCAAAAAGGCCCAAAUCAGCGCUCCCACCAAACAACUGUUCCCAGGCUCGCAGUUCCCCGAGGACUUCUCCAUCAUGGCGCUGGUGAAACCCAAGGCAGGCUCGCAGGCCUUUCUGCUGUCCGUGUACAGCGAGCAGGGUCUGCAGCAGAUCGGCAUGGAACUGGGGCGCUCCCCCGUCUUCCUGUAUGAGGACCAGAACGGCAAGCCCGCCCCCGAGGACUACCCCAUCUUUGGAGGCGUCAACCUGUCCGAUGGGAAGUGGCAUCGACUGGCUAUCAGCGUGCAAAAGAAGAAAAUCACCAUGAUUGUGGACUGCAAGAAAACGGUGACCAAACUCCUGCCCCGCAGCAACAAGCCCGUCGUCGACACCAAGGGCAUCGUGGUGUUUGGAACCAGGAUCCUGGACGAGGAGGUUUUCGAGGGCGACAUCCAGCAGCUGUUGAUCUCCUCGGAUCCACAGGCGGCCUUCGACUAUUGCCAGCACUACAGCCCGGACUGCGACACUCCCAUCCCCGAGCACCCCCAGGGUCAGGAACCCAGCGUCAAGGAGUAUUACUAUGAUGAAGAUUACGAGUACUAUGAUUAUUACGAGGAGUUUCAGACACAGGCUCCACAGGCGGUGGGGGUGAGCGAGACGGCUGUUCCGGGGCAGGAUCUGACUGACCCAGCUCUCUACGAAGAAGAGGUUGUGUAUGAGACAUACACGGAGGGCCAGGAGGCUACUGAUGCCCUCGUCACAAGCGAGGUUCCUCAGGUCAUCGAGAGUGAGGUGACUCAGCAAGAGGAGGAAGAGGUGCCCACUGCCCCAACCAAGGGCGACCUGGGGCUGUCCAAGGAGUAUUUCACAAGAGAGGACGUGAACCCGGGUGACCCCGGUUAUGACUAUGACUACGUUUAUCAGGACUAUUACGAGGAGCCCACGGCGGAGAUUGGCCCGGGACUUGCCGUGGAAACAGAGGUGCACACGGAAGGAGUGGCGCUCGCUGGUCUGAAGGGAGAGAAGGGAGAGCCUGCAGUGGUCGAGCCCGGGAUGCUGGUUGAAGGUCCCCCUGGUCCAGAAGGCCCUGCGGGUCUGCAGGGUCCACCAGGUCCUCAAGGCCCUCAGGACCCUGGGCCGGCGGGAGAUCCGGGAGAGAGGUGCUGAGGCAGGAAUGGACGACCCGGACUUCCCGGUGCAGACGGGCUGCCCGGACCCCCAGGAACAUCACUCAUGUUGCCGUUCAGGUUCGGUGCCAGCGGUGGGGACAAGGGUCCGGUGGUCUCGGCUCAGGAGGCUCAGGCACAGGCCAUCCUACAGCAGGCCCGGUUGGCUCUCCGAGGACCAGCGGGACCCAUGGGCUUUACGGGAAGACCAGGACCCGUGGGGAGUCCCGGAUCAAUGGGCAUGAAGGGAGACCGAGGGGAUAUGGGUCCACAGGGUCCGCGAGGUGCCCAAGGACCACCAGGUCCCACUGGGAAGCCCGGCGGAGGGUGAGGUCGAGCCGGAGCUGAUGGAGCCAGGGGGAUGCCUGGUGAGCCAGGAAUCAAGGGCGACCGGGGCUUUGACGGACUGCCGGGUCUGCCAGGAGAGAAGGGGAACCGGGGAGAGCCAGGUGCACAAGGACCAAUAGGGCUUCCUGGGGAAGAUGGAGAGAGGGGCGAUGACGGAGAAGUUGGACCCAGAGGGUUACCAGGGGAAACGGGACCAAGAGGACUCCUCGGACCCAAAGGACCUCCUGGGCUACAGGGACCUCCUGGUGUUCGCGGAAUGGAUGGUCCGCACGGUCCCAAGGGAAACCAGGGGCCACAAGGAGAACCAGGACCACCUGGUCAGCAAGGGGUCCACGGAGCCCAGGGUAUACCUGGUCCUCAGGGAGCCAUGGGACCUCCAGGUCAGAAGGGUCCGACUGGGAAGCCUGGUCUGCCCGGAAUCCCUGGUGCUGAUGGUCCUCCUGGUCAUCCAGGCAAAGAAGGUCCAUCGGGUUCCAAAGGCAACCAGGGUCCGUCAGGUCCUCAGGGUCCGAUUGGCUAUCCUGGUCCACGUGGUGUGAAGGGAUCAGAGGGAAUCCGAGGGCUGAUGGGGCACAAAGGAGAAAAGGGUGAAGAUGGCUUCCCGGGCUUCAAGGGAGACAUGGGUCUCAAGGGUGAAAGAGGCGAGAUCGGGCCGAGUGGCCCCCGAGGGGAGGACGGACCUGAAGGGCCCAAAGGUCGAGUGGGACCUCCAGGUGACCCAGGUCCAAUAGGUGCGACAGGUGAGAAGGGUAAGCUUGGAGUACCUGGUCUUCCCGGAUACCCAGGACGUCAGGGUCCCAAGGGUUCUCUCGGUUUCCCAGGAUUCCCAGGCACCAACGGCGAGAAAGGUGCUCGGGGUCUGCAAGGCAAGUUGGGACAAAGAGGGCAACGUGGACCCACGGGACCACGAGGUCAACGGGGCCCAAGAGGAGCGACUGGCAAACCAGGUGCUAAGGGAACCUCAGGAACCGACGGUCCUCCAGGUCCUUCCGGAGAAAGGGGACUUCCUGGACCUCAAGGACCCACUGGAUUCCCAGGACCAAAAGGACCUCCUGGACCUCCAGGAAAGGAUGGGCUCCCCGGACACCCUGGACAGAGAGGAGAAGUGGGUUUCCAAGGCAAGACUGGCCCUCCUGGACCUCCUGGCGUGGUUGGACCUCAGGGCUCCACCGGUGAAUCGGGACAAAUGGGAGAGAGGGGACACCCCGGACCUCCUGGGCCACCCGGGGAACAAGGACUUUCUGGCCCAUCUGGGAAAGAAGGCACAAAGGGUGACCCUGGUCCUCCUGGAGGCCCAGGCAAAAAUGGACCCCCUGGACUGAGAGGCUUCCCCGGUGAGAUUGGAUUGCCUGGAACUCCGGGCGCACCCGGAUUGAAGGGCAGUCAGGGGCCACCGGGACCACCCGGCCCAGCUGGCUCCCUAGGUGUGCGAGGGAAGGCGGGACCAGGUGGUCCCAUCGGUCUCCCAGGACGUCCCGGACCUCAGGGACCACCCGGCCCUGCUGGAGAGAAAGGAGUGCCGGGCGAGAAGGGCCCGGUUGGACCGGCUGGUCGAGACGGCGUCCAGGGCCCAGUCGGUCUUCCAGGACCUGCGGGUACUCCGGGAGGUCCCGGCGAGGAUGGCGACAAGGGUGAGGUCGGCGAACCAGGACAUAAAGGAAGGAAGGGUGACAAAGGUGAACAUGGUCCACCGGGUCCCCCUGGUCCAAUUGGUCCUGUUGGUCAACCGGGCCCUGCUGGCGCAGACGGUGAGCCCGGACCCAGAGGCCAGCAAGGUCACUUUGGACAGAAGGGAGACGAAGGUCCACGAGGUUUCCCGGGUUCACCUGGUCCAAUUGGUCUGCAGGGAAUGCCUGGUCCUUCAGGGGAGAAGGGGGAGACUGGUGACGUUGGUCCCAUGGGUCCACCAGGUCCCCCGGGUCCAAGAGGCCCAGCUGGUCCAUCCGGAGCAGACGGUCCCCAAGGUCCUCCUGGUGGUCUCGGUAACCCAGGGUCUAUUGGUGAGAAGGGCGAAGCUGGCGAAUCCGGCGCUCCAGGAAUCCAAGGUGUUCCCGGCAGCAGGGGUCCAAAAGGUGAAAGAGGAGAGAGAGGAGAGACUGGACAACCAGGCGCUUCUGGGCCACCUGGUAUCAAAGGACCCACUGGUGACGAUGGGCCCAAAGGCAAUCCUGGACCUGUUGGUUUCCCCGGUGAUCCUGGUCCUCCUGGAGAAGUUGGCCCACGUGGUCACGAUGGUGCUAAAGGUGAAAGGGGAGAAACUGGCGAGCAAGGGCAGGCCGGGUCUCCAGGUCCGACCGGAGAAGUGGGUCCACCAGGUCCUCCUGGGAAGAGGGGUCCAGCCGGAGCUCGUGGUCCCGAGGGUCGAGAGGGAGAGAAAGGCAAGAAGGGUGAACCCGGUGCAGUAGGACCUCACGGGAAGACUGGACCCGUUGGCCCCCAGGGGCCAGCAGGAAAGCAAGGUCCCGAAGGUCUCCGUGGUAUCCCUGGUGCUGUGGGUGAACAAGGAACCCCUGGAGUCCCAGGACAAGUUGGUCCUCCUGGCCCAAUGGGUCCCCCUGGUUUGCCGGGUUUGAAGGGAGAUGGUGGUGCCAAGGGAGAGAAGGGUCACCCUGGUCUCAUUGGAUUGAUCGGACCUCCAGGAGAACAGGGGGAGAAGGGAGAUCGAGGACUCCCUGGUCCGCAGGGACCAGUGGGUCUUAAAGGAGACGAUGGUAUUCCUGGUGCCACUGGCCCCAUAGGUCCUGCAGGUCCCCCUGGUUUACCGGGUGUUCCUGGUCCUAAAGGUUCGAAAGGUUCCAUGGGCACGGCUGGACCUAAAGGAGAGCGAGGUGUUCCUGGUCCUCCAGGUGUUCCUGGUCCUCCAGGGGAAGUCAUCCAGCCACUCCCCAUCCAGAGGCGCAAGAAGAGCAAGCGCUCAGUGUCCAUAGACGGGAGCAAGCCCCUGCCGGACCAGCGGAUGAUGGCCGAUGAGAUCCUCGAUUACGCCGACGGGAUGGAGGAGAUCUUCGGGUCGCUGAACUCGCUGAAGGUGGAGAUUGAGCAGAUGAGGCACCCGAUCGGCACGAAGGAGCACCCAGCCCGCACUUGCAGGGACCUGCAGAUCUGUCACGAGGACUACAAGGAUGGUGAAUAUUGGAUCGACCCCAACCAGGGCUGUGCGGCUGAUUCCUUCAAGGUUUACUGUAACUUUACUGCGGGAGGAGAGACUUGCAUCUUCCCAGACAAGAAAUCCUCAGGGGUGAAGAUGUCCUCAUGGAACAAUGAAUAUCCCGGGGCCUGGUUCAGUGAGUUUAAAGGAGGAGCACAGUUGUCCUAUGUGGAUGCGGACAACAACCCCAUUGGCGUUGUCCAGAUGACCUUCCUGCGAUUACUAAGUGUGGCAGCACGCCAGAACUUCACCUACCACUGCCACCGCUCUGUUGCCUGGUACCACACGGCAGCCGACAGCUACGACAAGGCCAUGCGGUUCCUGGGCGCCAACGAUGAGGAGAUGUCCUUCGACAACAACCCAUACAUCAAGGCCAUCGUGGAUGGCUGUGCGCUGAGGAAGGGCAGCGACAAGACGGUCCUGGAGAUCUACACUCCGCAGGUAGAACAGAUGCCGUUCGUCGACGUGCUCUUCACUGACUUCACCGAGCCCAACCAGAAGUUCGGAUUCGAUGUAGGACCUGUUUGUUUCCAGGGCUAAAAUUCACCCAGCCCCCACCAUGACCAGUGUCACUAUCGACCUCACUGACCCCCCCCCCACCCCCCACUGACCCCCUCACCCCAGCCCAACUGAGCAACGUCCCACGAGAAGGAGGAAGUCUCAUGUUCUCACCUGACCGAAGAUGCGAAGAACUGUU